CGGGGAACUAGUUUAAAUAUGUGUAGUAUAUGCUGCAUACAAACUGGUUCUUGAUAAAUAGAGAAGUGUGAAUAUUAUAAAUAACAAAAUGUUAGCUUCAAAAGUAUACUUCGUAUUUUGCUCUGUCUUUGUUAUUUCAAUAGUGGCGUUUUUUGUACUUAUGGCAGAUAGAAAACUGAUUAAUGAACCUAGCAUUUUUAGAAGAGAAAAGGCAAGGAAGCUGAAUGAAUUGGAAUUAAAUGUAUUAAACUCUGGAUUCAAGAAACAUACAGUCGAGGAGAGGAUGACACCAUUUAAAAUCUACUCAGAAGCAAACAGAAAACUUGUGUUUUACAACAGAAUGCCCAAAUGUGGCUCACGCACUAUGUUAACUUUAUUUCAAAAAAGGAAUCAUGUUUUUGAAUUGACAGAAACAGAUAUAUUCGAUGAACGUCAAUUGAAUGAAAAAGAACUUUAUGAAUAUGUACAUUCAUUCAAAAAAUCAUCAAAGAAACAGUUAAGAGAACGUCAUCUUCAUUUUGUUAAUUUUGAAAGGUAUGGUUUGAAGCAGCCAAUUUAUAUCAACUUAAUUAGAGAACCAUUUGAGCAGGCUCUUUCGAGGUAUUAUUACCACUUUGAGAGAGGAUUAGUUAAGAAACAAUUAAAAGGGAGAAAAAUCCAAACGUUUGAAGAAUGUGUUGUGAACAAUUUGAAUAGCUCUCUACCAAUUAAAGGAUGCGUUUUCUCUUCAAGAGAAUAUGUGCUUUGGUUUUGUGGACAUGAUGAAGCAUGUUCCUAUAUGGAUUAUGGACUAGCAAAGGCCAAACGAAACAUCGAGAAAUAUUACAUGCUGAUUGGCCUAACUGAGGAGUAUGCUGAAACUUUACAAGCUUUAGAACUUAUGCUACCAUCUUACUUCAAGGGCAUGGGUAAGAUCGACACCAAUGCUACGAAGAAACACAAAAUACCAUCUUCAAAAAAGAUAAGACCAUCUGAAAAAAUAAUCCAACUUAUCAAAAUACGAUUGGGAUACAACUACGAAAUAUACAAUUUUGUGAAACAAAAGUUCCACAUCACAUUGAAGAGCUUGGGGAUAUAUUAUACCAAAAAUUCAAUUUGAAAUAGAAUAGAAAUAGAAAAAAAUCUAAGAAGUUUGGGAACCACAACUCCAUGUAACUACGUAUACAGUUGAUAGUACAGGGUGGUCAAAAACGGCAACCCUAGUUUUUCCUAAUAUUGGCACACAUGUACAUCUAUCAAUUUCAUACUAGACUGUGUUAUUUCAUGAACAUUGGACUGAUAGUCGCAAUGUUACAGCACUUUAAAUAAGGUGCCUCAGUUUUCCAAAAUUGUGCUGUUGGCAAACCUGCGCACGUUUUCCAAACUUGUCAAUGACAUAACUGCAUUCCUCAGCAAGUAUGGCCUGAACGACAUAUGUGAUCUUUAUUUUGAGGUCAAAUGUUUUUAUGGUGUUAUUACCCCGCACUCUAUCUUUGGGGUAUCCCCACUGGUAAAGAUUAAAUGGGACCAUAUCUGGGUUAUGGGAUGCCCAUUCAUUGUCUGUUGUACUGCUGAUAAUGUGGUAAUUGAAGUGGUCCCAAUGCCAUUAUUUUGCAUCAUUGGGUGUAUGGGCUAUGGUUCUGUCUUGUUGGAACCACUGUUGCUGCCUAUCAACCCCCCUGGGUUCACCUUAAGUCCCCAAGAACUCCAUGAGAAUCACAAAAGAGUUUGAUGAUGACAGUUAUUGCAUCCGUUGGUAUCAUCAAAGGUAAAGGGCCCU